AUGAAUCGAUUUGAUUGGAAUAAACUUUCACCUGACGAAUUUGAACGUCUACAAGAAUAUAUUUCAUAUGCACCCAAGAAAGUCAAAGAUGUUGUUGCUAUUCUACAACAAGAUUCCACUUGGUUAGCUCAUCGAUAUGAUGAGGAACUUGAUUAUCAAGGUUUCCGACAAUUUCUUGAAGUACUUUUUGAUAAUACUGAUAUACCUGAAGAAUUAUGUCGACAUCUAUUUUUAUCAUUUAUCAAAAAACCACCUGUUAUCAUACCGAUCGAUACAACAUCGGCAAUUGGCGCUCUUCCAACUGCAACUGCAGUUAUACCACCACCAACAGCUAUAAAUCUAUCAAAUAGUACAUUAUCAUCACCAACAACAAUAGUACCAUCAACCACAAAUCGAACAUUUGAAAUUACCGAUAAAUUAUCUAAUUUAUCAUUUUUACCCGAAAGAUUCUUUCGACCAAAACGAACUUUUGCUAAUUUUGCUGACGAUAAUAAUACAAAUGGAUUUAAUGAUCCAAGAAAUCGAGCUGGUAUUUGUCAUACGGGAAAAGAAAGUAUUAUACGUCGAGGUAAUUCCCAUGAUCAACAUCAUGAUUCAUCAGGAAAUUCUCGGCAAUCAUCUAGAAAAUCGAAUCCUUCGAUACAUUCAAUUCAUUCAUUACAUAAUAAUGUUAUAACUACUGUUACUCCUGAUGACCCAUGGGUAAUUCGUGCAUCUCUAUCUCAAUUGUUAAGUAUGAUAUCUGGUAAUGAUUCAACACGUGGUGUUCAUCAUCAUCAUCAUAAUCAUUAUUAUCCAAAUGCACAAUCAAGAAUUCAAUUAGAACAACAAAUCGAUAUAAAUGCAACACGAAUUCUAUUUAAAGAUAUUAUUUGUUAUUUUUCAUUACUUGAAGGUGGUACACCAGAACAAAAACUUGAAUUUAUGUUUAUGUUAUAUGAUGAAGAUAGUAAUGGAAUACUUGAUAAAGAGGAAACCGAUUCAAUUGUUAAUCAAAUGAUGAAUGUUGCUGAAUAUCUUGGUUGGGAUGUGUCGGAAUUAAGACCAAUUCUCGAAGCAAUGAUGAAAGAAAUCGAUUAUGACAAUGAUGGUGCUGUUACAUUAGAAGAAUGGAAACGAGGAGGAUUGACCACUGUACCGCUUCUUGUUUUAUUAGGACUUGAUUCCAAUGUAAAAGAUGAUGGAACACAUUCAUGGAGAUUAAAACAUUUUAAUAAACCUGCUUAUUGUAAUCUUUGUCUGACAAUGUUAGUUGGUUUGGGUAAACAAGGCUUAUGCUGUACAUUUUGUCGAUAUGUUGUACAUGAACGAUGUGCUAAUCGAGCACCAGCAAAUUGUAUAUCAACAUAUGCUAAAACACGUAAAGUUGAUACAACUAUGUUACAUCAUUGGAUUGAAGGCAAUUGUCCUGGCAGAUGUGAUCGUUGUAAAAAAUCGAUUAAACUAUAUAAUGGUAUAACUGGACUUCAUUGUCGUUGGUGUCAAAUGACAUUACAUAAUAAAUGUGCAUCACAAUUAAAACCUGAAUGUACAUUAGGUCCGAAUCGAGAUCAUAUUAUUCCACCUUCAUGUAUAUGUCCAGCUGUUUUGGAACGACCAAAACCACCACGAAAUGGAAAUGGUCUUAAGCGAGAAGAAUCAUGUGUUGAAGGAUCAAUACAAUCAUUUCAAAUAAAUCCAUUACCAAAUACACAUCCAUUAAUCAUUUUUAUCAAUCCAAAAUCAGGUGGUAAACAAGGAGAACGAAUAAUGCGUAAAUUCCAAUUUUUAUUAAAUCCACGUCAAGUAUUUAAUCUUACAAAAACUGGACCAAUGCCAGGAUUACAAUUUUUUAAAGAUGUGGAAGAUUUUCGUGUUCUUUGUUGUGGUGGUGAUGGAACAGUUGGUUGGGUACUUGAUGUAAUGGAUAGAGUACCACUCGUUCGUCGUGCACCAGUAGCUGUCCUACCAUUAGGUACAGGAAAUGAUCUAGCACGAUGUUUAGCAUGGGGUGGUGGUUAUGAAAAUGAAAAUUUAAAUAAAAUUCUUAAAAAAGUUUCACAAGCACCGGUGAUCAUGCUUGAUAGAUGGCAAAUUGAAUUCAGUCAACGAACAGAUACAGAAGAAAAAGGCGAUGAUAUUCCAUAUAAUAUAAUUAAUAAUUAUUUUUCUAUCGGUGUUGAUGCUUCGAUUGCUCAUCGAUUUCAUUUAAUGCGUGAAAAACAUCCAGAAAAAUUUAGUAGCAGAAUGAAAAAUAGAUUAUGGUAUUUAGAAUUUGGUACAUCAGAAGCAAUUUUUUCAACAUGUAAAAAUUUACAUGAAAAUAUUGAUAUAAUGUGUGAUGGUGUUUCACUUGAUUUAUCCAAUGGACCAUCAUUGGAAGGCAUUGCAUUGUUAAAUAUUCCGAGCAUUUAUGGUGGAAUAUCUUUAUGGGGUGAAGGUCAUCGACAUAAAAAUCGUAAAAAUCCAUUAGGUUUGCAUCGAAAAGACUCAGAAUAUUCAACAAGUUCAACGUCAGAUAUGACAUUUGUUUUACAAGAUGUUGGUGACAAAUUAAUUGAAGUUGUGGGAGUACAAUCAGCUAUUCAUGCUGGUUCGAUUUAUGCUGGUGUUCGUUCAAGUGCUAAACGACUUGGUCAAUGUUCAACAGUUGUUAUCAGAACUCGAAAAAGUUUUCCGAUGCAAAUCGAUGGUGAACCGUGGCUUCAACCACCAUGUACAAUAUCAAUAACACAUAAAAAUCAAGUUCCGAUGUUAAUGGCACCAAGAAAAGAACAUAAAAAUAGUCUAUGGCGUUUUUUUAGAAAAUAA